UAAUAUGGCGGAGGGGGAGGAGGAGGAGGAGGUGGAGGCUGAGAGUGCUAGUGCUGGAAGUGGGGAGGAUGCGGACCAUGGAGGGGCCAACCCAUGGGAGCUGAACCAUAAUGUGGUUGAUGGGGAGGAGGUGGAAGAGGGGGAAGAGGAAGAGGAGGAGGAGGAGGAGGAGGAGGAGGAGGAGGAGGAGGAGGAGGAGGAGGAGGAGGAGGAGGAGGAGGAGGAGGAGGAGGAGGAGGAGGAGGAGGAGGAGGAGGAGGAGGAGGAGGAGGAGGAGGAGGAGGAGGAGGAGGAGGAGGAGGAGGAGGAGGUGGAGGCUGAGAGUGCUAGUGAUGGAAGUGGGGAGGAUGCGGACCAUGGAGGGGCCAACCCAUGGGAGCUGAACCAUAAUGGGGUUGAUGGGGAGGAGGUGGAAGAGGGGGAAGAGGAAGAGGAGGAGGAGGAGGAGGAGGAGGAGGAGGAGGAGGAGGAGGAGGAGGAGGAGGAGGAGGAGGAGGAGGAGGAGGAGGAGAGGAGGAGGAGGAGGAGGAGGAGGAGGAGGAGGAGGAGGAGGAGGAGGAGGAGGAGGAGGAGGAGGACGAGGAGGACGAGGAGGACGAGGAGGAGGACGAGGAGGAGGACGAGGAGGAGGACGAGGAGGACGAGGAGGAGGACGAGGAGGACGAGGAGGACGAGGAGGAGGACGAGAAGGACGAGGAGGAGGAGGAGGAGGAGGAGGAGGAGGAGGAGGAGGAGGAGGAGGAGGAGGAGGAGGAGGAGGAGGAGGAGGAGGAGGAGGAGGAGGAGGAGGAGGAGGAGGAGGAGGAGGAGGAGGAGGAGGAGGAGGAGGAGGAGGAGGAGGAGGACGAGGAGGAGGAGGAGGAGGAGGAGGAGGAGGAGGAGGAGGAGGAGGAGGACGAGGAGGAGGAGGACGAGGAGGAAGUGGAGGAGGAGGAGGAGGAGUAGGAAAAGGGGAGGAAUUAGAGGGGAGCUACAAUUUUACCCGAGUUUUUAUGCCGUUUUGGCGUGAUUCCCAGUUUUUUUUUUUUUU